AUGUCUUUUUCCGUUCUUGGGAAAUCUGCGAUAAUUACGGGGGCGGGGUCUGGACUCAACCUCUGUUUUGCGAAAGCUCUUCUAUCUCGAGGCUGUAACGUUCUUCUUGCCGACAUUGCUCUUCGGCCGGAAGCAAAGGAGCUCCUCAGCAAUCAACCGGGUUCUUUGAGGCCCCCCCGCGCUAUCUAUCAGAGAUGCGACGUGACGAAAUGGACAGAUCUCGAAGAGAUGUUCGCUCGUGCAGAGGCGGAGUUUGGCCCUCUGGACAUCGUUUGUCCUGGUGCUGGAGUUUAUGAGCCACUAUGGUCCAAUUUCUGGCACCCUCCUGGCAGCAGCCUAUCGACUGAUAGGACAAAUAGUGACGGGUAUAGGAUGUUAGACAUUAACCUUAUUCACCCCAUUCGAGUUACUCAGCUGGCCAUCAGGCAUUUCCUAGAGCAGAAGAAGCGAGGAAGCAUCGUCCAUAUCUCGAGUAUCGCCGGGCAGGAUGCGUCGCUUCCCACGCCCAUGUACAUCGCGGGCAAAUGGGGUAUUAGCGGAUUUGUGCGCAGUCUGGCGCCAUUAGAAAAGGGCCUUGGAAUUAGGGUAACUGCAGUGGCCCCUGGAGUUGUUAAGACUCCUCUCUGGGUGGAGUCUCCUGAAAAAAUGGAAAUGAUCGCCAAGGGUGAUGAAUGGGUAACACCAGAAGCCGUUGCAGAAGUGAUGGUCGACUUGAUUGAGAAGGACGAGUGCAGGGCUGGAAGGAUCGAUGGUGGGACGAUUUUGGAGGUUGGGAAACGAGUGCGUCGGGUGGAGCAGUUCAAUGAUCCAGGCCCAGGAGGAGCGGGAAAUAUGAUGAGCAAUAAAGACAAGGCUACGAGAAAAAUUGUCGAGAUGUUGAAGGAAGGCGGAUAUUAA